AUGGUCUUGAACAAUAUGGCCGGUACGAUGUGCCUGCCUCUACCGCGGCCUCUGGCUCUGCCCCUGCCGCAGCCCAGUCCGGUGCCAAGUCCGCCGGCUAGCAAGUCGCGCAUACAAAUCGAAUGGGAUAUCAAUGAUACGAUUGUGCCGGCGGUCAGCGAAUUCGACGACUUCAACGACUGGGCCAAUGGCCAUUGCCGCCUGAUCUAUGCCGGCCACAGCGAGGAUGCCAAGAAGCAUGCCAGCGGCUGGGCCAUGCGCAACACCAACAACCACAACGUCAACAUUCUAAAGAAGAGCUGCCUGGGCGUGCUGCUCUGCAACGCCAAGUGCCGGCUGCCCAAUGGAGCCAGCGUGCAUCUGCGCCCGGCCAUAUGCGACAAGGCGCGUCGCAAGCAGCAGGGCAAACAGUGCCCCAAUAGAAAUUGCAAUGGACGCCUGGAGAUUCAGCCGUGUCGUGGCCACUGCGGCUAUCCGGUCACACACUUUUGGCGGCGCGCAGGCAACGCGAUCUACUUCCAGGCCAAGGGCACGCAUGAUCAUGCGCGCCCAGAGGCCAAGGGCUCCACGGAGGCGCGUCGCCUGCUCGCGGGCAACAGACGCGUGCGCAGCCUGGCCGUCAUCCUGGCCAGCGAUGCGGCGCUCAAUGACAAGCUGUGCAGCCUGCGCAGCAACAAGCGUCCGGUCAAGACGCAGCGCAAGCAGCGCAGCAGCAACUCAGAGCUGCUGCAGCAGUCCAGCACAGAGCUGACGGGCUACCAGGCAGCGACAACAGCAACUGCAGCAGCCGCAACAGCAACAGCAGCUGCGGCAACAGCGGACGCUUCGACGAGCUUCAAUCAGACGCCAAGCAGCUACGUGACGCCGCAGUGGAGCACGACGGAAGGCUACUAUCAGCAGGACGCGUCGCUGGGCUAUGGCAGCGGCAUCUAUGGCUACGACAUGCUGCACUCGCCGCUCUCCACCAACAGCUCCACGGCCAGCUACUACAAUGCACCGGAGGCGCAGCAGCAGCAGCAGCAACAGCAGCUUCUGCUCUCGCCACAGCAGUCGCUGCCGCAGAGCAGCAACAGCUACGAUCAGAUGACGACGGCGUCAGCUGGCUACCAAGCGGGCAUGAAUCUGUACGAGAGCUGCGACGAUACCUCCAGCCUGACCAGCAGCUCGGGCUACAGCUCCGAGGACUAUAGCUACUUCAAUGGCUAUGUGCCGCAAAGCUUGGAUCUGAGCGGCAGCUCCAAUGCCAAUCCGGAUGGUUUCUAUACGCCACACUCGGAGAUCUUCAGCGUGUUCGAUCCGAACAUCAACAGCGGCGGACCAUCCACAGUGGAGCUGCUGUACGACGAGGCCACCGCCUAUCAGCAACAGACACUCCAGCAGCAGCAGCAGCAGCAGCAACAAUCCUUCAUUGCAUCGCCCGUCUCCUACCAGCAGCCGCAGCAGCCGCAGCAGCAGCAGUUGCAGCAGCAUCCAACUGCGGACUACUACUACAGCAACACAGGCGUGGACAACGUGUGGAACAUCCAAAUGGAUGCAACGGCCACAACGGCGCCCUACCAAGCGACAACUAGCCUAGAGUCAGGCAUUGGCGUCUUCUGUUAAGCUUCACCAGAUCUCGACAAUUCAAGCACAUCUCACCCAGCCCCUUUGAAACACUCAAGCGUUGUUCUAGUCUCUAGUCGAACCCCCAUCGCCCCCGCCUUCAGCCAGUUGUGCAGACUCCAAAGUUUUGUUGUUGCCCCACCUGCUUGUUGGUUUUGUAUCUUUAUAACGUUUAUAACUUUUCAUGUUUCUAGCUCCUAAGUCCAUUGAGUACAUUAUGUUUC